AAUAUCUUUGAAUGUUUUUAAACAAAAUAACGUGGCCGUGUGCUGAUAUUUUGUGAAGAAGUGUGUUUCACUUCUUUUUAGUAAUACUGUGAAGAUUUUGGACACUACUAGGUCGUAAGUGACUGCUAAAAUGAGUUGGGGACAUGCAGAAUGGGAUAUAGACUGUGAUUCAAAACUGGUCGAAAAUUUAUUUUCUCGGAAUGACCCUGCCAAGAAGAAAAAAAGAAACAAAUGUAAAAACAAGCAAUCUGAUUCAUUUCUGGGAGCAGCAGCAUCAGCUGGGAGAUUUGUUAGGGUAAACCCAACAACUGAUUACAGUGGCACUAGUUCUUUAUAUAUUAAGCCCAAAGAUAGUCGUAAGAACAAAAGGAAGUUAUUAGCAAAAGAGAAGAGUUUGCCGAAGAAAAUUAAACUGGAUGUACUGAACAAUCUGUCUGAUGACUCAGCAAGAGUUACCAGCAAUGAAAAAAUCAGUGUAGAUGAAAAAGACCAAUCCACAUGUCAAAAAACAAGGAAGAGAAAAAGAAAGAAAAAUAUAUCUCUUGGACUGUCAGAAAAAUCAAAAAGUUAUUCAUUACAGAAGAAAAUCCAUAAAAAAUGUAAAGAUGUUCACAGUGUUUCCAAACAAAUUUGUAAUGAAACAGAUAUGCUUCCUAGCAGUGAAAAAAAUCACAGAGUCUCAGUUGAUUUUGACAUUGGCUACACAGAAAAGAAUGCACCCAAACCCAAAAAUCUAAAAGAAGAAAAUUCACAACAUGCAGCUGUAACCAUGAAAUCACAGUCACCAUACAAAAUUAAGCAAUUAAAACAAUAUCUGAAAAAACAUGCUUCAUCUCCUAUCAACAUAACGCCCACACAAACCCCAGCCAAUUCUCUGAGGGAAAAAAUGAUGAAUAGACUUAAAGCAUCACAUUUUAGGUACAUAAAUGAACAAUUAUACAAUUCAAAGAGUGAAGAGAGCAAAACAUUUUUCCAGAAUAACAUUUCCACCUUUGAGGCCUACCAUGAAGGCUAUCGACAGCAAUUAUCUAAGUGGCCACUGAAUCCACUGAAUGUAAUAAUAAAUGCUCUUAAGAAAAAGCCUACUAAGACUGUGAUUGCUGAUUUUGGCUGUGGAGAAGCCAAUUUGGCAAAAUCAUUACCUGAUCACAAGGUGUAUUCAUUUGACUUUGUUGCUACAUCCGAUGUGGUAACACCUUGUGAUAUGUCCAACACGCCACUUGAAAAUGAGAGUGUUGACAUCGUCGUGUUUUGCCUGUCGCUUAUGGGAAGCAACUUAUCAAGUUACAUCUUGGAGGCUAAUCGUGUUCUCAAGAAUGGAGGCAUGAUGAUGAUUGCAGAAGUUGAAAGUAGGUUUGAAAAUAUUGAUACAUUUAUUAAAGACAUAAAGAAAUUUGGUUUUGCAAAUACAUUGAAAGAUUUCUCACAUAAAAUAUUUUACUUCUUGUACUUUAAAAAAGUGAGUUCAGUGAAGAAGUCCAAUAAACUGCCCAGCAUCUUUCUAAAACCAUGUUUAUACAAGAAGAGAUGAUUCAAUAUUGUGUGUGCUGUUUGGAUUAGUUGUCAUGCUGCUUGAAAGACUUUUAUAAGAUUGACUUUAAGUAGUUGAGCUUUUUCAUAUAAUAAAUUUAUACUGCUUUAUUGUUUAAAAUAGAAUUAUGUUCAUUACGUGCGUAACUUUACAUUUUCGAUCUUCAUAUUGUGCAUUAUGUUAAACAUAUGAAGAACACAUUUACAAGAAACUGUUUUUCUCAAAUACAUAUCUUUAUGUAAUAUUAUAGUAACUGAAAAAUGACAGUUGUCAAUGCUAUAGUGAGCAGCGGUUGCCACCAUCAUUAAAACGGAACUCAGGCAGGUUGAAGGGCACAUAUUGAGUAAAGCAGACCAUUUCAGAAACUCUGAAAAAAAUUAAUCUAAUACUUAUGUCUUAAGUACAAAAGGCUUUCUCCACUAUUUAGGAAUGAGCUGCUAGCUAGAGAGCUGAAGAACUUUUUAUUUUGCCAAACUGUAACUCUGUUCUGUCUUUGUGCCAAUAAAAACAGAAGCCAGUGUUUUUUCAUUUUUGUCAUCUCAUA